GCAUAAGUGACAGAAGCAAUACGGUGCAAGAGAUGGUUGAGCACAACGAGUUGCAAGGCGCUCCCAAGCGAGUGAAGCAAUCAGACGCGCUAGACCGCUACGCGGAAGCUCUGGCAGAUGCGCUAGAGGCAUUCUUCAACGACAAAGGCGAUGCGGCCCUUGCUGGUCUAGUUCACAGCGACGAGCUGGUGUGGCAUGACGCCUUGCGCCCGGGGCAAAGCUUCGUGGGCAUCCAGCGCCUGCAGGCGGUCCGGGACCUGCUGCGCGGUGCCGUUCCCGACCUGGCGCUGCGUCUGACCAGCCGGCCGCUGCACACCGGCGAGGACGGCGUGGUGCUGGGCUACUGGGCCGCGCGGGGCACGCACACGGGGGCUCUGGGUCCAGACCUGCCCGCUUCCGGCACGGCUGUGUCGUGGGAGGGUAGCGUCGUGGUGCGCACACGCCCUGUGAGCACCCCCAACAGCAGCACCCCGGGGGCCGGCGCCGCACCGCAGGCCGAUUCGGCGGAGGCUGGCGAGGCGGAGCCGGCGUCACAGCAGACUGCCGCGGGGGCCGCUCUGGAGGGCGUGGAGGUGUGGUGGUCCUGGGACCCGGUCUUCCUGUUCCGGCAAAUGGGUUGGAAGGAGUGCCCGCCCGCCAAGGCGCAGCAGGCGGCCGAGGGAACAGAUGCAGGGGCAGCUCCAACUGGAGCGGAGGCAGCGGAGGGAGGAGCGGAGGGGGACGCCGCAUCCAAGGAGGAGCCAGUGACGGAGGAGAACGACCUGUGCCUGCGGACGGCGGCGGCGGCACGGCGCGCUUACGCGACCGAGGCGGAGGCGGUCGAGGCUGCAGCGGCGGCAGUUGCGGCCUCUGCGGCCGCAGCCGAGCGGGUGGGCGAGUCGGCGGAGGCGCUGGCGGCUGCACAGGCGGCCAACCGCGCCGUUGUGGAGCUUUACUUUCACACCUAUAACACAGGCCAUUACGGCGUGUUGGAUCACAUUGUGGAUCCAGAAUAUCAGUACGACGGCCUUCUGGACCUGGGGGACAAGCGCGGCCGUGCCGCCAUGUCUGCCAUGAUGGGGGGCUGGCGGGACUGUGUGCCCGACCUGGCCAUCGGGCAUGAGCUGUUCGUGGCCGUGGGCGGAGACCGGGUCACCUUCCGCUGGGUCAUCCGGGGCACGCACUCCACGCCCGACAGCAAGCUGCUGGGCGUGCCGGCCGGCGGCGCGGCCCUGCACGUGAUGGGGGUCACCACGCUCACCCUGCGCGGCGGCCGCAUCUGCCGCAAGAUCAGCCACGCCAACGCCGCCGUGACGCUGCAGCAGCUGGGCGCCGCACGCGCACCGCAGUUACCCGGGCUGUAGGGAAAUGCACCUGUUGGGGGCAAGAGGAGAGGGUGGAGGCGGGUGGGCAGAGGUUUCUGUGGGCGAUUUGACCUUGAGUGGCAGGUUUAGACAGACAGGGUUCAGACAUUAUAUGCUUGUACUCAUAAUACAAGCACAUCGAUAGGUCACGGAUAUCGGGCGCACGCGAGAGAAGAAUGUGAAGAUGUUUGGACAGCUUGGACUCCUUACUUUUGUUUGCUUCAAUGCUUUGGUGAAUGCUUUGCCUUUGACGCACCAUUAUGGUGCGGCCACCCUAAAUCACUUGUUGCUCAGUCGGCUCGAGCUUCUCCCUCGGCUCGCCGUUGCAUUACGCUAGUGCUCGUCUACACAGCUCAUCCGUGGACGCCGGUCGACUGCCUGCAGGUGCGCAUCGGCUAUGCUAUCCGCGCGG